AUGUACACCAAGGUUUUCAUCAUUCUUCUUGCUCUCCUUCUACCACGUCCCUGCACCUUCUCCUUCCACCAUCAGCUUCUGAUUUCAAACGAGACCCAGCUCGAUUACACUCUGAUUUUGAUCCGAUGGAUUCUUAGACAAUUGGAACCGAGGAGGCUUUCACUACCACCGCCCACCACCAUAUACGCUGCAGCACCCCUGAUGUUGUACUCAAAUUUGAAGGGUAGUUUGACUAUGCACCCUAACUGGUCGCUGAAAUGCUUGAACCAUGUAUUGAGAAACAACUUGCUUAAGUUGAGGGUCGUGUUCUUGAGGCACCAAAGCAGUUUAGCAAGGAUUCUAGAAAUCUCAUCACCUUCUUUUAAUUUUGCUAAUAACGUAUUAUAUCAAAGAUGGAUUCGGAUUGAAGUUGAGGUUUCUGUUAAUGACUUCCCUUAUUAUUUAAGGGACAACACAAAAAUAGUUCUUAUUGCAGCUUCUUAUAUACAUUUGAAGCAUAAAGACCAACUUAUAUAUGUUUCUGAACUACCAAUUGUCAAUCCUAGGAUCUUGCUUUCUGGUCCUGCAUGUAUUUCUUAAAUUAUGCUUCUUCAUCUUCAUCUUGAUUACUUAUUUCUUUAUUAUAGCUUCGACAAAUGUUUUAGAAAACAAAUUUGAAUGGAACAUGUGGCCCAUGUUUCACGUGUUAAAUCCUUUUUACAAUCUUUCUGUAAAUAAUUUCAAAACUACUAUACUCUGGUAAAUAUUUUUUUUAAUUUACAAUAUCUUGGUAAAAAACUCCAUUAUUUGUCUAAUAAUUGGAAGACUUUGCUAAAUUUAAGCUGUUUAUAGUAUCAAUAUGUUUAUUUGGUUAUGAAAAGAAUGUUAUGUGUUACUGCCACUGAAGAAGCAAUACAGCAGGUAUGCAUUUGUAUGAAUUUAAAAAUUCUAUUUUUUUGUCUUAUGUUUCUUUUAUCAAGUGCAUUUGGAAUAUUUUAUUUUGGUUGAAAAGAGUAGGCUUAAUGAUCUUAAAUCCUAAUAAUCUUUCGUAAUUAAUGAGACAAGAGUUAUAUUGUGAGGAAAUAGUUCUCCAUGAAAUUUAAAAUGUGAAUACGACAUUGGCUUAAUGGCUAUUUUAUUGAUGCGGGUUGAACUAAAAAACAUCAUUUCAUUUUAGGUUUCACGUCUUCCCAGUUAUGUAGGUAUCACAAGAUUUAUAGUGAGUUAUAAGAUGUAAGUAGUCUGACUCUGAUGGGGAGGAUGAAAGAGAAUGGGUUGGUGAAAUGGGAAAACCAAUCACGCAAAAGUUCAACUAUGUCUUCUCAAGUCCUCAUGAUGACCACUCAUGUUGUUGCACAUUAUGAUCAAACAACUUAUCUCUAUCACAUUGUGUUAGAAUGGAAUGCAAAUCCAAAUAUUCCAAAUAAUGACUUUUAGGAAAUUAAUCAUAACAAGACAACAAAUAAUCUACAACAUAGACAUAUAUCUGUGGGUUUAAGCCACAUGAAAGGUAUGUCAACCACAUAUUAAUGAAUUUUGGUGCUUAUCUAUAAUAUUUCAUUUUUUUUCCCUCCAUUAAAAAAAAUUAUCAAUCUGUGUUUUUGUUUUUGACAAACAGACGUGACCAACAACUAUACAGCUCCUGCACUCAAAUAUGUCAGUUUAGUCAUUCGUGCCAUUGGAUUCUGUAAAUAGAUUUUUUAGGUCGUAGACAAGGAGCAAAGAAAAAGAGACGCUGAAAAGAUGGAAAUGCAACGAAAUCAUUGGAGAAUAGAGCAUUUGGUUCAAAAAGAGAUGAAGAUUAAAUGUAGUGGAUGAAGCAUAUGGCAUGGUGAUGAUGAUGGAUGUAUUCUAAGAAAAUAUUAAGAGACAUUGAAGAUUGGUUCUCUGUAUCUUUCUUGGUAGGGCCACUUCUGGAUGGUAAAGUGAGAAUUGAAAUUGCAACUGUAUGUGUUUGCAACCAUGGCAGUGUUAUUCAUUUAAUUUGAUGUUGCAUAUGCACUGAAUGUUGGAUUGGAUUCAAGAUUGGUAUCUCACUCAACCAAAAUCAUUAUUAAAGAGACCAGGGGCAUUUCGGUG